CUACACUGUUGACAGGAGCGGCAGGCGUGUGGAGCGUGCCAUAUCGGAGGCAGCAACAUGGCAGCCCAGAAGGAGGCCGCCGCAGCGCUCGCCAACCUGCUCAGCAAGGUCGCGAGAUACUCUGUCAUUCUUGGCAUCGGCGGCUCCGCGGUGCAGGCCUCCCUCUACACAGUGGAUGGCGGCGAGCGUGCGGUGAUGUACGACCGAAUCCAGGGUGUGCUGGACGACCCCGUUGGCGAGGGCACACACUUCCGCGUGCCCUGGUUCCAGACGCCAAACGUGAUGGACAUCCGCACCCGCCCCCGCUCCAUCUCCUCCGUCACCGGCACGAAGGAUCUGCAGAUGGUGAACAUCACGCUGCGUGUGCUGUCCAAGCCCGACGUGGAGCAGCUGCCCCGCAUCUUCCGGAACCUGGGCACGGACUGGGAUGAGCGCGUGCUGCCCUCCAUCGGAAACGAGGUGCUCAAGGCGGUGGUGGCGCAGUACCAGGCGGAGCAGCUGCUCACGCAGCGCGACCAGGUGUCGGCCGCGGUGAGGGACAGCCUGAUGAAGCGCGCCACAGAGUUCAACAUCCUGGUGGACGACGUGGCCAUCACCCACCUCUCCUUUGGCACCGAGUUCACCAAGGCGGUGGAGAGCAAGCAGGUGGCGCAGCAGGAGGCGGAGCGGGCGCGGUUUGUGGUCAUGAAGGCCGACCAGGAGCGCAAGGCGGCGGUGAUCCGCGCCGAGGGCGAGUCCGAGUCCGCCAAGCUGAUCAGUGACGCCACCAAGACGGCGGGCAUGGGCCUGAUCGAGCUGCGCCGCAUCGAGGCGGCCCGCGACAUCGCCAACACGCUGUCCAAGGGGCGCAACGUGGUGUACCUGCCAUCGGGCGGCCCCAACAUGCUGCUGGGCAUCAACCCCAGCGCGCAGUGAGCCCCUGCCCCGCCGCGGGCGAGCGCCCCGCGCUUGGCCCGGCGACCGCGCGCGCCGGCUUGGCUCCUUGGGCUGGCCAGAAUGAUGUUCGGUACAAUCUCAUCGCAGCCUGGCCCUUCCCCGGCAGCGCACAUUUUAGACUGCGCGGUGGGGCAGGCACUCUGCUUCAUCUCUUUGCUGGCUUCCUCCUUCUUUAACGCUCCCCACCACUGCUC